AUGGAAAUAAAGGGAAAGAAUAAUAAACAAGAAGGAAUAAUUACAUUUCAUCGAGAUACAAUGAAUGAGUUAUUUAUAUCAGAAGACAAAUAUUUAUUAUGUUGUAUAAAAUUACAUCCAAUGAUACGAUUUAUUUUCUUUAUUAUAUCAUUUUUAAUAGGAUUAACGGCAUUAUUAUUAACACUUCCAUUAACAGGAUUAUAUGUUGAAUAUCCAGUAAUAUUAGGGAUAGUAUAUAUUAUUUCAAAACUAUUAUUAUAUAGUUCAUUACUUUUUAUUGCAUCACCAUGGAAACAAUUAAUAUUAAUUUGUAGACCAGUUAGAUUUAGUACAUUAGCAUUUUGUAUUAUAGGUGUUGUAGGAAUAUGGUUAAGUAUAUUUCAUAUUAUAAAUAGUUUAUUAAUAUUAAUUUUAUCUAUUCUUUUACAAGCACUAUGUUUUACAUUAUAUUGUCUUUCAUAUUUAUCAUUUACUCAUAAUAUAUUAUUUGAUUGUAUUAAACGUCCUAAAAUCAGUUUAUUAACAAGUAAUUUAAAACAAAGAAGUUUAAGUGAAUUACCAGAAAUAAGUUCAACAUCAGAAAUAUCAAAUUCUGUUCAAAUUGAUUUUGGUCUUGAAAAGGAAAGAUAA